GUCUGCAGCGAGAGUUCAGAAUUUACUGAAGCCACAACUUGACCGCCGGGCGCAUGGGUGUCGACAUGCUGGCGUGUGACCUUCCCGAGGCAGGGGUCAGGCGGGUCGGUGACCUGCCCGAGGCAGGGGUCAGGCGGGUCGGUGACCUGCCCGAGGCAGGGGUCAGGCGGGUCGGUGACCUUUCUGAGGCAGCCGCCAGGCAGGUCGGUGCCAUUCCGACCGCUGCGGAACCAGCCGGGUUCUGGAGCGGCGUGGCCGUGUGGGUGGACAAACCGCACGUGGUGAACCGCAGACUGACCGGCGCAAAGGAAGUGGCCAGGAUUUGGACCAAUCACAGAGUCAUCAGCACCAUGCUGCAGCAGCCUAGGGUCUUUGCUGGGUUAUCUGAAGAAAGCCUGCAGAAAAGACUGGCAGAUAUGAAGAUGGACGGAAGAAAUGAAGCAGAAGGAGAUGAUUUAGAACUAAUCAUAAGGGACUUGUUACCACGGCAACUGGAGAGGGCCAAGGUUGUCAGGGAAGUCGUUGUUUUGGAUCACCCCCGCAUCACGGCGUGGUUCAUUCCCCUGGGCAGCAGUUGCCAUGGCGACACAGAAAGUGAGCAGAGCUACAAGUCCUACAGAUUUGUCUACUCUGAAGAUCAAACAGGGAAAACUAUUGCACUAGACAUCCUGAGUCCACCAGGGGGCGCUGCUGCACACAGUCCUGACAGGAACUGCAGUUCAGGGGGCGCUGCUGCAAACAGUCCUGACAGGAAGUGCAGCCCAGGGGGCGCUGCUGUACACAGUGCUGAAGAUGACAGGAAGUGCAGCCCAGGGGGCGCUGCUGUACACAGUGCUGAAGAUGACAGGAAGUGCAGCCCAGGGGGCGCUGCAGUACACAGUGCCGAAGAUGAUGGCAUCUGCAGUCCAACUACAAAAUGGCUGUGUGAACAUCUGCUCCCUAAGAUAGCCAAGUGGUCAGAGGAGGUUGUUGAGGGCGGCAGGCGGCGGGUCCAGGACCUGGUGCCCAUCGACAGGUACAACGUCCUGUACCAGCAGCUGAAGAGGAAGUACGGCAGGAGGAUGAUGCAGGUCUGGCCGGACGUCACCACCACAGAUCCAGAGAAGUUUGUGUACGAGGACAUCGCCAUAGCGACGUAUCUCCUGGUAACCUGGCUACGCACAUCACUUUGUUUUUGA